CCAGAAACACUUUUGAGCAACCAUGGAGGACAUACCCAUCAAGUGACCCUCACCUGGACUAGCCACACCUCCAACACUGAGGGCUCAAACCAAAGGUCACUUCAAUCAUUUCAGAUUCUCCUGUUACACUUCGCCGGUGCGACUUAACAGCAACACACCACACAUAAAAGCCAGACAACAUUAGACCACUUGAAUAUACUGUAUGAAUGAACACCACACAUACCAAACUGUGAGCCAUGUCCAGAGUCGAGGCUUUUGAGGAUCCUGACCCCCGUUCCCAGCUCAAGGAAUUCCGCACGGACAUCUCCAUGGUGAUCGAUGAUCCCUUCCCACUGCUCUAUGGGUUGGUGGACCGCAGCAUCAUCAGCGACCAAAUUCUGAAGGAUACCCUGGAGAGGGAGGGCAGGGAGGGGAUCCACAAGGCCAUGUACUCCCUGCUUUCCUGGCUCCUGGAGCAGAGUAGGACCACCAUCCAGGCCUUCUGGACCAACCUGGCCAAGGACUACAACCAGCACAGCUACCCAAGACUGCAGGCCCUCCUGACCAGCAUUCAACCAGGUAGUGAGAUGGUGGGCUCCAAGCAGGGGAAGAGAUCCCCUCGAGGGUCUCGAGAGUCCCACAGCAGGAAGAGGGGCCUGGGGGAGAGACACCCUCAUCACCCUCACCACUCUCAGCACCACGGAAAAAAUUACCAUUUAGCAGGUGUCCAGGCGGUGUCCACCUCAGUCCAGAGGGCAGUCACUCUGUCGUCCAGUGAGCUGCCGAUCAGCUGCGGGGCCAGAGAGGAGAUCCUCAUCAAACAGGUGUUUGGAUCUGGAAGUGCCAAAAAGUGCAUUCAAGUGGGUGGUGAGUAUUACACCUCUGGGCCAUUCGAUGAGCUGACUGGAGGACACAAGACAAAGUCUGCAAAUACUAAAUACCACCACAAGGAGGAGUCCAGCACCAGGGUUAGAGACGCCCAGCGUAAUGAUGAUGAGUGUGCAGUGUGUAAAGAUGGAGGUGAGCUCAUCUGUUGUGAUGGCUGUCCCAGGGCCUACCACCUGACCUGCCUAGACCCUCCCCUCACCACAAUACCAAGUGGCACUUGGCGCUGUCAAUCAUGCCAUUGCAAUAAGGUGAGAAGAGAGAGAAUCUACCCAGUACUACCUGUUCAGCCCUUGGCUCAGAGCCAGUUGACAGAGACCAGCUCCAGUAACUCCACCAUCGACUUCUCCUUCUUCUCUUCCUUAUCCUCCACCUCUCUCUCCGGUGUCACCACAACCAAGAGCGGUCAGGUCUGUGCAUAUCAGUGUGCAGGUGGCGAGGUGGUGGAGGUCAGGGAGACGUGUGGGGUUUGCCUCCUCAGUGGAGGAGACCUGACCCUCUGUCUCCAGUGCCUACAGAAGUACCACACCUACUGCCACUUCCCAAAUGGGAGGUCCAUCUGCUCCUCCUGCAGUAGGCCCUGGGGCAGCUCAACAGACAGAGAGGCGGAAUCCAAGGGCUUACAGGUUGGUCUGACUCCACACACUCAGGAGCACUCCUCUCUCUCAGAGCCCAUCCUACACAAGGAUGAACUAGACUCCAUCAUGGGAGAGAGCUCCAUAGAUGGGAUCCUGCAGUGGGCUUUCCAUAACAUCUCCAGGCCUCUCUCGGACACUCAGGGCUACUUCCAAUGACAUACACACGCACACAUAACAAGCUCAAAACACAUGUUAUGAUCUCACACAAACAUGAUCCCUCUCUCUUUGUAUCUCUCUAUCUCUCUCCUCCUUAAAAGAAGGAUCCACAGUUCAACAUAACAGAUGAUUUCAUUUCUAUUGCUCCAGACACUGAGAAUGCCUCAGUUCUAGAAUGUCUUGAAGACCGUCACUUAGCUCAGGAAUGUUGUUUUUGUACAUUUUCAGGAGUUUAGCAUAACUCCACGAGGGAUGCAGUGCAAUGGGCGUUUAUUCUCGACGGGACAUUAAAGAAACCGUCUCCUAGCGGGGGCUCACUUCUCAUAGGCUAGAUGUCAUGUAGUAAAUCCGGGACGCUCAAAUGAAUAUGAUAUGUUACGUUUGGUAUGGUAUGGUUACUUAAUUAAGGCUAAAAUGAAAGGAGAGAGGUCGGUCGGGGUGGAUGGAUGGACACAUAAGCAAACGUCUAGCAAACCAAAGGUUGCGUGUUAGAAUCUCACCACAGACAACUGUAACAUUGUAGCAACUGCAACUACUUACUACUCUAAACCUAACCUUAACCCUUAACCCCUAACCCCUAGCUUAGCUAACGCUAGCCACCUAGCUAACUUCAGCCACAAGAAAUUGGAAUUCAUGACAUAUCAUACAUUUUGCAAAUCUGUAACAUAUUGUACAAAUUGCAAAUCCUGUAACGUAUCAUAGAAAUGGUCAUUCUUAACAUAUCAUAUGAAAUGGAUGACGGACAUCCACCAAUGAACACAUACCAUAAAGUUUAAUGGGGUGUUUCCAUUAAACUGAGUGGUUGCGGAUAAAAGGCUGUGGGGUGAUGACGUAGGUCACAUAAAAAGAUCUUUCAAUUCCCAUGUAUCGCAUUUUCCCCUCUACUGUUGGUUUUGGUCUGUAAAAAUGUUGUGGCCACUCUAGUCAUGGCACGUGUGCUCCAGCCAAUAAAGGUUAGAUUAAAACCUGGUUAGUGAGUCACUCAAUCUACGAAAGGCCCAACAUCAUGUAGAAUCUGUCAUGCUUCAUUGAAACCAAACAUUUGUGAUAACUCUCAAUAAACCAUAUCACCAGCACUGUUUAAAAAAUAACUCAAUGUCUUUUU